UCCACAACUUCCAAGGCGCGCCGGUCAUGUCAUCCCCCUCUUUUGCCCCUCGCCGCCGCCUGCAGCAGCUCCUGCUCCCUCCACGCCUCCAUCAAUACCGCCCUUCCACGGCCCGCCACCCAGCGGCAGCUGCUGCUAUAUCCCACCCUCCAGGCACCAUCCUCCGCCUCCCCGCUCACCAAACCCUCUCUCCCGACCCUGUACGCUGCCAUGUCGGAGGCCGCCGCCAUUCUUCCGUCCAUGCGCGACCCCGGCGACGGCGCCGCGCCGCCUGGCUCGGUUUCCGCCCGGCCGGACCUUGAUUUGAACAGGCCAGCUGGCGACGACGAGGGCGGCGGCGGGGCUGCUGAUCGCUCGAGACGGGGCGGUGAAAGCGCCGCCGACGGAACUUCACAGUCUGCACAAGGCGAUGCCGCCAUGACGCGGCUGCCUGAAAGGCUUUUGGGCAAUCAGAUUGGCAAUGUGGCUCCACGGGGAAGAGCCGGAAGGCGUGGUGGUGGCGCCGCUACCCAAGGAAGAGGAAGAGGAGGGCCAGCUUCCAAUCCUAGAGGCAAGAGGUUGAGGCCUAGUGAUGAUGUGCAUACCGAUCAGGAGCAGCCUCGCGAGGACACCCCUGAAGGCGUCGCUGGACAGGCAGCCGGUGCAGGUGACCACGGUCUGAACAAGGAACCUGCAAAUUUGGGAAUAGAUCGCGGAGCUGCCGAUAGAUUUGCGAGUGAAGCCAUGAUAACGCCACAGGCUGAGAGGGCUCUUAAUUGUUCUGCGAUUGACCGAAGUGAAAGCCAAGCAGCCUCGCAGCCUAGUGGAAACGACCCCCCAGAAAUUAUCGCCAUAGACAAAGCCACGGCAAUCCCACCAGUGCCAGAGAGGGUUGAAGUAGGCAACUCCCCAAUAUAUAUAACUGGUAAGAAGUUGAGUGGUAAGGUCUAUGUUGGCAGACGAUUAGGUAUGCCCAGUGGAGGAUACAAGGGUCGAAAUGCAAUCGAGGUUGCACUGAAAUUUGUGCAUCGGAGAAGCAGGGAAGGUAGCUGUGACCCCCCAUAUGAGUGGCAAGUCUAUCAGGCUCUCAAUGGUUGUUAUGGCAUACCAUCGGUACACUACAAGGGUUGCCAAGGAGACUACUACAUUCUUGUAAUGGACCUGCUUGGUCCUAGCCUCUGGAAUGCUUGGCAUUCACCAGGACAGGAGAUGUCAGUUCUAAAGGUUGCUUGUAUUGCCAUCGACGCCAUAUCAAUUCUUGAGAAGAUUCACUCCAAAGGCUUUAUACAUGGUGAUGUAAAACCUGAAAACUUUUUGCUUGGUCAGCCUGGAUCUGCUCAAGAAAAGAAGCUUUUUCUCAUUAAUUUUGGUUUAGCAUCUAACUGGAAAUGGAAAAGAGGAUCAUCCAGUAUGCAUGUUCAGUAUGAUCAGAGGCUAGACAUAUUUAGGGGAACAAUUAGAUAUGCUAGCGUCCAUGCCCAUUUAGGUCGUACGGGCAGUAGGAGAGAUGAUUUGGAGUCACUAGCAUACAGCCUUAUAUUUUUAUUACGAGGAAGCUUGCCAUGGCAAGGCUGUCAGGGAGAUAACAAGAGCUUUCUUGUUUGUAAGAAGAAAAUGGAGACUUCUCCAGAGGUCCUGUGUAGCUUCUGUCCAGCCCCAUUCAAACAUUUUCUUGAGUUGGUUACUACUAUGAAAUUUGAUGAAGAGCCAAAGUACGAAAAACUUGUUUCUCUCUUUGAUGAUCUGAUUAUCGGGCCUGUUUCAAGACCCAUCAGGAUCGCUGGAGGUCUAGAGGUUGGACAUAAACGUGGAAGAAUUGUUGUAAAUCUUGAAGAAGAUGAACAGCCUAUGGAAAAAGUUCGGUUGGGGAGCCCAGCAACUCAAUGGAUUUCGAUUUAUAGUGCUAGGCGGAACAUGACGCAGCGAUGCCACUAUAAUAUAGCUGAUUCAAGGCUGCAUCAGCACAUACAAAAAGGUUAUGAAGAUGGCGUGUUCAUUAGUUGUAUAGCUUCUUUAAAAAAUGUGUGGACUGUCAUCAUGGAUACUGGGACCGGCUUUUCUUCUCAAGUUUUCAAUCUUUCACGAAAUUUCCUACAGAAGGAUUGGAUUAGGGAGCAGUCGGAGAAGAACUUUUACAUAACAGCAAUAGCUGGAGCAACCAAUGGAAGCUCAUUGGUUGUGAUGUCCAAAGGGACUCCGUACACACAGCAGUCAUACAAAGUCAGUGAAUCUUUUCCUUAUAAGUGGAUUAAUAAAAAGUGGAAAGAAGGUUUUCAUGUAACAUGUAUGGGUACUGCUGGGAACCGUUGGGGUGUUGUCACGUCAAGGAACACCGAUUAUUCCUACCAGGCUGUUGAGUUAGACUUUGUGUAUCCAAGUGAAGGAAUCCAUCAGCGAUAUGGUGCCGGUUACAGAAUAACAUCAUGCGCAGCCACGCCUGACCAAACCGCUUUUAUCAUGAGCAUAGCCAAGGAGUCCAAGACGAAACCAGUGGAUGAAACUUUUCUGACUUCUGAUUUCCCCAGCAAGGCUACGAAGGAGCAAUGGGCGAAGGGCCUAUACAUCACCUCGAUCUGCCACGGGCGAACUGCGUGUUGAACCUCCACGGCUGCGAAUUCACUCGAGUUCGAACUUCUGCAGUAAGUUCUAACGUUGGCCUUGGUGGGAUUCCUUUUGGUAUUUUGAGUUGCAAAUGGUUGGCCUUGGUGCCUCUUGCAGUAGUGAGUGACCUGCUCUUAUUGCAAAGAAACAUUGGUUAUCUUUUCCUUAUAAUCAGGCGUUAACCUUGCCCGUGAGCUAAUGUCUGGUUUGCCAAAAUGUGUAUCGUUUCGAUCUCUGAGCAAAUGUGUGUGUUAUAGUUGCCAGGAGGCAAAGACAUCGCCACCUCCAGCAG